UGGCCGCUGUUGCAGCAAGUGCAUGAAAAUUUUGAAGUGCAUGGGAAUUUUGUUAAGAUCUUGUGUGUGAACGGUUAAUUUAUUUUAUUGAAAUUAAAUCAAUUUCUUGACGCCGUAAGCAUGGCAGACACCAAAGUAGCUGGUCAUCAGCUAGAGUCUGUGGCGUCAGCUAAAAACGCGAUCACAACAAACAGCACAUCGGAGCAAGAAGAAGCAAGCGGAGAAAAAGCGGCCGCCUUGAAACCUAAACAUGAGUGCAAGGAGGCGGAUCAAGUAGUAGCAAAAGUUGACAAGUUGGAUGAGUUGUGCUCACUGGAGCAAGAAAUAGCUAAAAUGCAUAGCAUACAACAGACAACACACAGUACACCACCAAAUGGAAGCGCAGGUACACACAGCGUGGGGAAGCUGGAAGAGCAAAAAUGUGCCGCAUCGGAAAACAAGCUGGAUGUUAGAGAGGAACAGACAGAGACACCAGCUAGCUUGGAGGAAGUAGAUCUAAUAGCGCUGCUCAAGGGAACUGAUACGCAGCAUGAGCCAGAAGCGCUAAAGCCAGUAGUCGACGGAAACUGUGGAUCCAGCAUUGAAAUUGCGUUGGCUGCGCUUGACAAUGUGGGUGUGACCAUAGAAGGCGAGGGACAGUACGAGAUCAUGGAAAUCGAUGAUGGUGAUAAUGCUAGCGGGCCUAGUCCUGUGCCAGCUACAACGAACAUAAGUGGUGCCUUUAAAACUGCUGCCAGAUAUGUCACACCCAGCGGCAAACCCAAAUUAUCGCCGGAGCAGGCGCGCGCUGUAGCGCUGGAACAAAUGGCGGACCUCAAAGCGCAAAAAACACGGCGCAAAGACACAACCAAGCAGCAGGCGCAGUCACAGCCCAUAUCUCAGCCGCAGGAUAUAAUAAAUACACUUAACGAUGAUUGGAAUGACUAUGAAAGCGGCAGCGAUAGUGCUGUUAAUGCCAACUGCAAGCCAGCGACUAACAAAAAGUUGCAGCCUAAGAAAAUCAAGUCAGCCGUAGAUGUUGUUGUGCUGCAGUCAACACAUGACAAGCUGAAGCCAACAGCUGCGGGUACAGAGCAGAGCGGGGAAGCGACAGGCUUUAGGCGUACGCGCAUUAUAAAGCGUAAAAUCAUUUGGGAUCCCGAUGCGCCAGAAACACAAAAGUCCUUUGCGCAAUAUGCUAGCAACAAGGGUCAUGCCACAGCACCGCCAGCAGUUAUAGCCAAACCCACAACAGUAGAAGUAGCGUCGCCCAAGAGAUUGCCUAAGGAAGUGCCCAAGACGGCAACAGUGAAGACCAAGACAACAGAAACUAAUUUGCCCAUCAAGCGUCGCGCUCAGACGCCGAGCCUGCUGACCAAUGGCGCCGUCGGUGGCGGCAGCGCCAAGAAAAAGAAAAUAACCGAAAUUGAUCGUUUAAUGGGCGAUGAAGGUGCCGCAAACAUGAUGCAGGCCGUGGAGCGUGAACAGCGCGAACUUAGCGGUGGCGAGCUGCCCAAUAAGCCACUCAUGCGUAAGCGUGCCUUAACCAUCACCGGCAGGUCACAGAAAGUUGAGGUGCCGCCUGCUGCGCCUAAGAAGGAAAGCCCCACCAAAAAUAAUAAACGUGCAACUCCAACAUCAACGACAGCAAUACCAACGUCGGGGUCAACAGUGGACGCUGUUUUUGUAAAGGCACCAAAAUCACGAGCUUCCGAUACCUGGGACUACGUAUAUAAGCAACGCGCCAGUGAGGAGUCCAUGAUAAUGCGUCGUCGCUCAAAUAGCUCCUACUCCAGCAACGCUUCCGUAAGUCGACUAUCGCUGGACACCAAGCCAACAGCGGUGGCCAAUCUCUCGGAUGAUGCUGCAGAAAGUGAUCCCACGUUCAAGUUCUUGAAACCUGUAACAAAAGCCAACCAAAGAAGCGAAGAUGAGCACACAACAACGCUGACCAACGACUUGAAGACACAACAUAGGGAGGCUAAAGAUGACAACAAACAAGAUCUAGUGACGUUGCAUAAGCUGGACAAAGUGGCGCAUCUGAUAAUACAGCCACCACCUAAUAAGCUGGGCAGCGGCAUCUACAAGCUGCAGCUGCUGCAAAAGCUCAACGAGACGCUCAACAAGCUCGCAAAGAGCAACGAUUGCAAUACAGUGCUCUUGAGUGUACAGGGAGCACAGUUCUGUGAGGGCAUCGAUGGCCAGGAGCUGUUGGCUGCCUCGCUAGAGAAACGCAAGCAUAAUACACAGCAAUUGGCGCUUGUUUUAAAAACAUAUCUGCGUACCUUAGCUACAUUCCCCAAGCCCUUGCUGGCUGGCGUAGUGGGAAAUCUGAAGAAUCUGGGACUUAUGCAAUUGCCGCUGUUUGACUAUGUGGUGGCCGCUGAUGAUUGCUGCCUUGAGAACAAUUAUCACAAACUGGGACAGCUGCCCGAGGGCUAUGCACUUUGGCAUAAACAUCCAAAGGUCAACAGUUCUAUGCAUACACGCUUGUUUCUGCUCGGCGAGCGUCUUCAGGCCACAGAUGUAGCUGCAACACUCAACAGCUUUAUAGACAAGACCUGCAAGGCGCGCAGCGUCAACGAGCAGGCACUGGCCGUUGCCAAGCUCAUUUCCACUACGACUGCCGAGCACUAUCGCACGUUAAAAAAGUUACAACAUACGGCAAACUCGGCUGCGUUACAACGUCUGGAGUCAGAGUUUAAACUCAUCACGGAGCAAUGGUCAUCAGCCAGUUUUCAGGCUAACUACAAGCGUUAUCUGAAUGAUUUGAACAUUUAGUUAAUUGUUUUAUGCAUUUGUCUACCAUGCACUUUGGUAGCUAAAGCUCUAAAUAUAUUAACUUUUAAAAUAAUUGUAAAAAAAAAAACCGAAAAGCAUGGACUAUACAGUAGACGCUCGACAAAAUA